GGGUACAUGGAUGGGAAGGAGCUACAAAACUUCAUCCAGGAGCUGCAGCAGGCGCGGAAGAAGGCAGGCUUGGAUUUAACACCUGAAAUGAAAGCUUUUGUGGACCAAUAUGGGAAGACUACUGAUGGAAAAAUAGGAAUCGUUGAGCUCGCUCAGAUAUUACCAACGGAAGAGAAUUUCCUGUUGUUCUUCAGAUGCCAGCAGCUAAAGUCAAGUGAAGACUUCAUGCAGACAUGGAGAAAAUAUGACAGUGACCACAGUGGCUUCAUUGAUUCUGAGGAACUUAAGAGCUUCUUGAAAGAUUUAUUACAGAAAGCAAAUAAGCAGAUUGAAGACUCAAAGCUAACAGAAUACACAGAAAUAAUGCUCAGGAUGUUUGAUGCAAACAAUGAUGGAAAGUUGGAGCUUACUGAAUUGGCCAGACUACUCCCUGUACAGGAAAAUUUUCUAAUUAAAUUUCAGGGUGUCAAAAUGUGUGCAAAGGAAUUCAAUAAAGCUUUUGAGAUGUAUGAUCAAGAUGGUAAUGGCUACAUUGAUGAAAAUGAACUUGAUGCGCUACUGAAGGAUCUCUGUGAAAAGAACAAAAAGGAAUUAGACAUUAACAACCUUGCGACAUACAAGAAAAGCAUCAUGGCCUUGUCUGAUGGAGGAAAGCUUUACCGGGCAGAACUGGCUCUUAUUCUCUGUGCUGAGGAAAACUAGAACUCUUCUAUCAUGUCCACUUAACUAGUGAUGUACUCUAUCUACACAAUAACUGUGCACUAUAAGGGAGUAGACUGUAUUUUUAAAUUGCAUAUAGAAAAUUAGCCAGGAUGUGUGGCACAUUCCUUUCAGUUUGUUUCUAUACUGUUUGUAAUGUACAGUUUUUGUAACAAUAAGAUUGAUAAAGAGGAUGUCUGUGUUUGGGCCAGUCUGUAUAUUCAAAAAGAAACUAAAAUAUAUUUGGGUUGGUUUUGGUUGUUUGUUUUUUUUUUUUUUCUUUCUUUCAUAAACAUGGCUGAAAAAAAAAUUAAACCUGCUGACAUUGCUGUGGUCAUCAUAUCCUUUGACACUUGCAACAUUUCUUGUUGAACUAUAUAACAAAAAGGUCUACAGGUAACUUUCCCCAUUACAACUAAAUCUUUUUCUUAAAUGCAAAACAUUAAUUCGUAUUAAAUAUGAUCUAGGUCUGAAACAGGAAAGAGUCAUUGGCAUGUCUUAUUUCCAAAAUUUAACAAGGCAAUAUGAAAUAAUUUCAGUUGUCAAACCACCCAUUUACAGCUCUGUGCUCUCUGCAGUUUUUCAAUUGCUCUUCUCUUUAUGAAUUCAUAGCAUAUAAACAAAGCAUUUAUCUGGGAUAGAUCUCCACGCAGUAGUUGACAAAAAUGUAGUGUUUUCAAUCUAGCUGUUUAACUUUACUGAAUUUAAACAUGGGCACUUCAGAAAUAAAUGCCUUUAAUCUGUCUUGGAAUCCUGGCUAAAUGACAGGUAGUAUAGUUAAUACACGGAUUAACAUACGAUAAAUGUACCUUUCAUGACUAUUCCUGUGUCAGAGAAUAUGACAAUCCAUUUUCUAAACUAUUUUCACAUUUUGCAGGUUAUAAUUAUUCUAGUAAAUUGCUGUUUUUACAUCAUAUUCUGUGUAAUCUAUAAUUAAAUUUAAUAUCCUAAGAUU